UUCGUCACUGUUAGUGUAUUUUUAUAGUUUGGUUUUUGGUCGAAAUCGUGUUGCUUUCAAAAUGCACGUGGAAGCUAAACCAGCGUGACCGAAUAUAUUGGGCUGACAGCUCGUCCUUUGCAUGGUUGCAAUGUGAUUCAUUCAUUUCUUCCGAAACAGAGUGAAUGCCAACUUAAAUUAAAAAUUUAACUUUACAGUUCACUGAAGUCUAGUAUAUGAGGUUGCAUGAUCACAGUCUCUAAGAGUAUUUACGUUUGCACAAAAUAUCAGGGAUCAAAUGUGCUUCAGUAGCUAGCAGCCUAGCCACAGCAUUAACCGUUGACUUCACGAAAUCUCACGUAAGGAAAUACUCUACGACUCAGUGGCUACAGUUCAAACGAACUGCAUUCAAAAUCAGUUUCGUCCAAAUCAAGCACACAUUGUUUUUGGAAAACAGCUGAACGCAAAUGGACGGAAUCGGAAACACUAUGCAGAAAAAGGCAGCGGAGUUGGAGCGCAUGGCUGAAGUCCUAGUCACCGGGGAGCAGUUAAGGCUCCGGCUACAUGAGGCGAAGGUGAUCAAAGACCGCAGGCAUCACCUGAGGACGUACCCCAACUGCUUUGUGGCCAAGGAGCUGAUCGACUGGCUGAUUGAGCACAAGGAGGCAUCUGACCGAGAGACAGCCAUCAGGAUCAUGCAGAGGCUGCUCGACCAGAGCAUCAUUCAUCACGUCUGCGAUGAGCACAAGGAGUUCAAAGACAUGAAGCUCUUCUACCGUUUCCGGAAGGAUGACGGCACCUUCCCCCUGGACAAUGAAGCCAAAGUUUUCAUGAGAGGCCAGAGGAUAUAUGAAAAGCUGAUGAACACGGAGAGCAGCCUCUUGCAGACCCGGGAGGAGGAGGGCGUGACGUUUGAGCGGACGUUGGUGGCCUCCGAGUUUGUGGACUGGCUGCUGCAGGAGGGGGAGACGGCCACCAGGGAAGAGGCAGAGCAGCUGGGGCGGAGGCUGCUGGAGCAUGGAAUCAUCCAGCAUGUGACCAACAAGCACCACUUUGUGGACGGGGGUCUCCUGUACCAGUUCCGGAUGAACUUCCGGCGGAGGCGACGGCUGAUGGAGCUGCUGAACGAGAGGGGGCGCACAAUUCCGGAGAGCCAGGACAGCCCCUUCUGUCUGCGCAAACAGAACUCAGACGGGGGCAACACCAGCUUCCUGUCAGUCAGCCCCAGUAAGGAGAUUAAGGUGGUGUCGGCGGUUCGUCGUAGCAGCAUGAGCAGCAGCUGUGGCAGCAGUGGUUACUACAGCAGCAGCCCCACCCUGAGUAGUAGUCCGCCCGUUCUCUGCAACCCCAAAUCAGUCCUGAAGAGACAAGUCAGCCCUGAGGAGCUGCAGACGCCGGGGGGGCCGUACAUAAAGAAGACUUUCACGAUCGUGGGUGAUGCUGUGGGCUGGGGCUUCGUCGUUAGGGGGGGCAAGCCCUGCCACAUCCAGGCCGUGGACCCCAGCGGCCCAGCCGCCGCUGCCGGCAUGAAGGUUUGCCAGUUUGUGGUUUCCGUCAAUGGCCUGAACGUUCUCUCCAUGGACUACAGGGCAGUGAGCAACCUCAUCCUGACCGGACCGCGAACUGUUGUCAUGGAGGUCAUGGAAGAGAUAGACUACUGAGAUCCGGGGGAGGGAUCCAGGCUCCAGGCUCCUCCUCUGACUCGACGGGGCCGAGGAGCCACAGACACACCCCCUCACCCUGUGAGCCCAGCAUUUGUCCGGGCUUUUGGGUAGUCGCCGAGGCCCAGGUGGUGCUCUCAUUGCAAAGUAAUAGAGAGACUUUUCUCCUUGACAUCCAUUCAUUGCCAUGUAGUUUAGCACACUCCGGUCCAUGCCCAACAGAAAGGGGAUUCAGCAAGGGCGGCGGUGUGGCUUAGUGGUAAAUGUGAGGGCUUGCGACCCAAAGGUUUCCAGCUGGAUUCCCAAGGUGCCACUCGAGUUGUACCCAAGGGCAAGGUGCCUAACUCCAGUUGCCUCAGUGAAUAUCCAGCCAUGUAAACGGAUAACGUAAAAAUUGCAAGCUAAGUGCAUCACUCUAAAUGAGGGUGUCUGUAUUGUAAAGUAUCAAUGUGCCAAGGUAACAGAGACUAGACUGUUGUACUUUUUUGCCUCUGAAGACAGAACCAAAUCACGGAGAACGGCUCGCUGAAGUGAAAGUCCAUCACACUGUAGCCUUUUGUGAUGUGACAGACAAUGUGCACGUAGGAACACUGUAAAGUCUGUCCCUUCAUAGAGAGAACAGGAGUAGGAGUCCUUUUCCAGAGAGAACAGGAGUAGGAGUGGCCUGAUACCUCUCACUGGAGCAGAGGUUGGAGUACCUCACAGAGGUACAACAGCUGCUGUGGAGAGUUCAUCCUUUUACUUUUAGCUAUUGGACAAAUGUUUUUUUUUUUUAUGGCAGAGGUGUUUCUGCUGGUAAAACCUUGAUUUACAUAUAUAUUUAUAAAUCUUGAUGGACUGUCACUUCAGCAAAUCAUUCUUGGUAAUAAUUCUCAGGAUAGUUGUUUAACUGUAUGCCAACAAUCAUUGGAAUGACACACGUAAUAAGCUGUUAGGUUAGUCUUGAGUUUAGCUGUUAAAACAAGACAAAUGGCCCAAUGACACUCCUAAUGAAGGCCUGGAAGGUCCAGUGGAUCCCCUGACUAUAAGCUCUGUCGAAUACAUGAACCAUCCACUUCCAUGGUCCAACCAUGACAAA